CUCUUUCGUCCAAACUGUGCCCUUGACCGGAUAAAAUGGAUUACCAGAAUCGAGUUGGUUCCAAGUUCGGUGGUGGUGGUGUCGCUGGGGCGUCCGAGACCAAUGUCGACCGGAGGGAGCGACUGAGGAAGCUUGCGCUCGAGACUAUAGAUCUCGCGAAGGACCCCUACAUCCUGCGCAACCAUCUUGGCUCCCUGGAAUGUCGUCUCUGUCUCACGCUGCACACCAACGAAGGCUCCUACCUCGCACACACACAAGGAAAGAAGCACCAAACAAACCUCGCCCGCCGAGCGGCGCGCGAUUUGAAGGAGACCCAGCUCAUGAUCGCGCCUGCUCAGCAAAAUGUUCACAAGAAGGUCUUCCUGAAGAUUGGACGUCCUGGGUACCGUGUUACCAAGGUCAGAGACAGAGACACCGGAAAAGAGGGUAUGAUGGUGCAGGUGCACCUACCGCAGAUCAAGGGAGAUGUUAUUCCUCGCCGUCGCUUCAUGAGUGCAUGGGAGCAAAGGAAGGAACCUCCGAACAAGGCCUACCAAUAUCUCAUCGUCGCGGCUGAGCCUUACGAGACGAUUGCUUUCCGCAUCCCCGCGCGGGAAAUCGAAGACGAGUCCGACGACGCUGGCUACUGGAACUGGUCCCACUGGGACCCUGACACCAAGCAGUACAGUUUCCAGUUUAUGUUCCGCCUCCAGUACUGAUGUAUGAUACUGUAUCGUUUUGCCUGUAAUAUUGCCAUUUGCUCGACGCCCUACAUGAUGGCCCUCCAUGAUGGUUCAUACAGACAGCUCGUUUCCAGGUUUAUAUACAUCCAUGUUCCCGCAUUCAGAAGCUACAUUCCACAAAGUUGUUUCCACUUGCGCCAGAGUGGGUCAGGCAAGCACAGAAAUCUCCGCUCUCGUCGUAAAUCACGCGGUCGGCGCCAGGGCUGCCGCCCGUGUACACGCUGCUGUGCUUCAGCGGGAACUCGAAGAAUUCCCCCCUGCAAGAAGGGAACGAGAAGCC